AUGCCAUUCUUCAACCGACGCUCUCGCGCGCCAGAUGUCAACACCAGUACGGCAGUGGGCGGUGAGAAGCAUGGCCGAAGAGGCAUCAUGAACAAAAGCGACCGCAGACACACAACCAACACGGCGUCCUCGUACUCACGGCCGAGCUUUGGACAAUGGAUCAAAGUCACCUGGCCUGACAUCCUGACGAUGAUUGUUAUGGGCGCGAUUGGAUUGGGCAUCUACACAGCUCCGCCCGCUCCUUCACGCUCCUUCCCUGUCUACUUCCCUGAUGGCGACAUCGUCUACCCUGAGUUCGCCUACCCACUACGCAAGGAGAUCAUCCCUAUCUGGGCGGCGGCUCUACUCGCAGCCUUGGUCCCCAUCUUCUUCUUCCUGGUCAUGCAGAUCCGCAUCCGCUCGUUUUGGGACGUCAACAAUGCCACUAUCGGUCUGCUCUACAGCCUCAUCACAGCGGCCGUCUUUCAGGUCUUUCUCAAAUGGCUUAUUGGAGGAUUGAGGCCCCACUUCUUAGACGUUUGCAAGCCUGCAGUGCCUAUCGCGGGAACACAAACAGGCAACGGCCUCGGCAACAUCAUGUACGACAAGAGCGUCUGCACCGGCAACGAAAGCGACAUCAACGAUAGUCUUGAGAGCUUCCCAAGCGGCCAUACCACGGCGGCUUUCGCUGGUUUUGCCUUCCUCUACCUCUACCUCAACGCCAAACUUAAGGUUUUUUCCAAUUACCACCCCGCAUACUGGAAGCUGAUCGUGACCUACAUGCCAAUCCUCGGUGCUGUCCUGAUCGGCGGCGCUCUUACCAUUGACGAAUUCCACAACUGGUGGGACGUCUUUGCCGGAGCAGUCAUCGGCACGACAAUGGCCUUCUCAGCCUACAGAAUGGUCUACGCGAGUAUCUGGGACUUCCGCUUCAACCACAUCCCGCUCAUCCGAAACAUGCCCUUUACGUACGGCGCUGGCUCGGCAGCUUUCGACGCUUUUCAUGCCGCCAUUUGGACGCGACAGGCCGGAUGGGGUGCGAGCGAGGGUGGACCUUGGAGCGGAGCGCCGUUCGAUGCUGCCGGUGGGGGACCAGUAGGAGGCGGUGGUGGUGUGCUGGGUGGUGAUGCAGCUGGAAGAAGGUCGGCGGACGGCUAUCAAGGGCGGCGCAGCAUUGGUCGCAAGCCUGUUGGCGCCAGCCCUCGGAGACCGGGUGAUAUGGUUUGA